UGUCUAACUUGGUUUGGUCAAACAGUUUAGUUAAUACAAAAUUAAAAGCCCUUUUGAGCUGAGUUUUGGUUUGGUUUUAUUAUCUUUGUUAUGUUUUCUUGAUCAUGAUUUAUGAGGUCCGGAAUAUUGAAUCACAUUGAACUUUUUAGUGGAGUCAUGAAUCAAAUCGGUACUCUCGAAUUGAUUCUUAUUUUUUCUUCGUUUCUCUUUUCUGGUUAGACCAUUUAUUAUAGCAACCAGAAAAAGAUGGGCAAGAGAAGGAAAGCUAGAGGCAAGUACAACUUGGUGGAUCGAAUCAGUGCAUUGCCGGAUGACAUUCUUGUUAGUAUCGUGUCUUUCUUGGAGAUAAAGGAAGCAGCAGCUACUAGUAUUCUUUCGAGACGAUGGCAGAAUGUGUGGGAGUACACCAUGACUCUUAACCUUGAACGUACUGACUUUUUUGCUGGUGAUGCUUUUCGACGCUUCAAGUCGCUAAUGGAGAAGCUAAGGUAUCGGAGGAGCCAUAACUACGUGGAUUGGGUGGAUGGUGUGUUGAAACAUCAUAGAGGAAAACCUUGAACGAUUCAGGGCUUGCUUUUUUCUAGAUAAGAGAUUUAGGAGAUCCAUUGAUAAGUGGAUUAAGUUUGCAAUGGAAAAAAGAGUCGAGGUACUCCAGUUGCAGUUUCUUGCGAAAAGAUUUCGUGAUACCUAUGAAAACUAUACCUUUCCCGGCAAGCUACUUGGUCUUGAAGGAGGUUAUGCUAUCAAAUCCCUCAAAGUUAUUUUUUUCCAACAGGUUGGUGUGACAGGAGAAGUUCUUGAGCACUUCUUGUCUAACUGUCCAUCUCUUGAACGAUUAUCUGUGUAUGCUGCCAAGAGUUUGGUCAGUUUUAGAGUCGUCGGUCCAUCUAUUGCAUUGAAGUAUUUGGUGAUCAAAGAGUGUCCUGAGCUCAAAGGCAUUGAGAUUUGUGAAGCAAAUGUUGUUUCAUUUGCUUGUAGGUCGUAAGAUUGACCUGCUUCUUCGUAAUGUGCCAUUGCUUGUUGAGGUUGAUAUUGUUAAACGGGAGCGUCAUUAUGAUUUCAUGGGGCUUGCCUUGAACCCACUUUCUAUCUGUUUUCCCCAGAUAAAGAUUCUGAAACUGGAUAUGUGUGGACUGAUGGUCAACAAUGAGAACUAUGCAUUUCCAAUCCUAGAAAAUCUGGAGCAUUUGGAGUUGUUUGUUCAUCCAGAUUAUGAUUUGGGUCUUCGACAUUUAACUUCUUUCAUGGAGGCUUCUCCAUAUAUGCAGAGACCUGUGUUGAAGUUGGGCUUCUCACCUCCUUACUGCAUAUAUGGAGGAAGGGCGGAGAAAGCUGUCGAAUGUCCCCAUCGUUACCUCAAGGUGGUAGAAAUAGUUGGUUAUCGCUGCCAUGAACAUACUCUUCGACAUGUUAAGUACAUGAUAAACAAUGUCGUUGCACUGGAGAAAAUUAUUGUGGAUCCUGUCAAGCGUUGGCUUUAUGGCCCUAAAAUGGAUAGGGAAACUAGGGUAAUAGUUGAUGAAGCGAAAGCAAGAGCUCUGACACACCUUGAGGAAGAAAUUCCUUCUAUUAUAGAAUUUGUAUGCCCGUAGAUUUGCGAAGGAUUUACUUCUUCUGGGAGGUUCCUCUUUCAGCUGUGACUCCAUAUUUCUUCAUGCAGUCUGAUGAGUUCCAAAGUAAACUCUUGCUGAUCCAAUGAAAAGUGACCUUUUGAGUAUAGAAUUUUCAUGCCUUUAGUAAGUUAAAGUAUUUGCUUUGCUCCAUGUGGGGAAUCGAUCCAAUCUGUUUCUGAAAUAAAAAUUCUUCAAGGUUGAAAACUAA